GGCUGGUGCUGUGUUGCUCUGUGCUGUAGCUGUAGCUGGCGUAGCUGCUGUGCUGUGGCUGUGUGGAUAAACAGUGGGUGCAGGCGGGCGGGCGCGGGCUUGUCGGGUGUGGUAUGGUGUUAGUGGGCGCCGGCGGGGCUCGGCUGCUGAUCGCGGGGCAGGGCGGAGGUCUGUGAGCGGGAGAAGAUGUGGAUUACUCCGGAGGAGGUGCUGCUGGCCAACGCGCUGUGGGUCAGCGAGCGGGCCAACCCCUUCUUCAUCCUGCAGCGGAGGAAGGGACACGGCCGGGGAGGCGGAAUCACCGGUCUUCUCGUUGGUACACUUGAUGUUGUGUUGGACUCCAGUGCUCGUGUAGCUCCAUAUAGAAUUCUGCACCAGACUGGAGACUCACAGCUCUUCUGGAGUAUUGCCUGUGGUUCAUCUCGCAAGGAGAUAACAGAGCAUUGGGAAUGGCUUGAGACCAACUUAUUGCAGACUCUCUCUAUCUUUGACAACGAUGAUGACAUCACCACUUUUGUUAAAGGCAAGAUUCAGGGCAUCAUCGCUGAGGAGAACAAGAGUCGGCAGGCGCAGGAAGAUGAGGACUGUGGGAAGUUUAGGGAGGCGGAGCUGAAGAUGCGGAAGCUGUUCGGGAUGCCAGAAGAGGAGAAGCUGGUGAACUACUACUCCUGCAGCUACUGGAAGGGCAGAGUGCCACGGCAGGGCUGGCUAUACCUCUCUGUCAAUCACCUCUGCUUUUAUUCCUUUCUGCUUGGAAAAGAAGUGACGUUGGUGGUGCAGUGGACAGAUGUAACUCAGUUGGAUAAGAAUGCCACACUGGUGUUUCCAGAGAGUGUGCGUGUCAGCACCCGUGACACUGAGCAUUACUUCUCCAUGUUCCUCAACAUCAAUGACACCUUUAAGCUCAUGGAGCAGUUAGCCAACAUUGCCAUGAGGCAGCUCCUGGACAAUGAGGGCUUUGCUGCUGACCGCUCUCUCCCGAAACCCUGCAAGACCCUGAAAAACGUCUCUGCUCUCAAAAGGGACCUGGAUGCAAGGGCAAAAAAUGAGCGCUACCGAGCUCUGUUCCGCCUGACGCAGGACGAACGGCUGGAUGGGCACACGGAUUGCACUCUGUGGACACCGUUUGCUAAGAUGCAUGUGGUUGGCCAGAUGUUUGUCUCCAACAACUACAUCUGCUUUGCCAGCAGAGAGGAAGACCUGUGUCAACUCAUCAUACCACUCAGAGAGGUUUCUAUAGUAGAGAAAGCUGAUAGCAGCAGUGUUUUGCCCAGUCCGCUGUCGAUCAGCACGAAAAAUAAGAUGACCUUCCUUUUUGCCAACCUCAAAGACCGUGACUUCCUGGUUCAGCGCAUAUCAGACUUUCUGCAGCGCACUCCUGAUCGGCUCUGUGGCUUCGCUGGACAGUCUGAAACUCCAAGCCCCAGUACCCCUACUUCUCUCCCACCAACCCCACCAGUACUGGGAGCCGGAGAGCUCCCUCCGAUCCAACACUACAGCCCUAGCCUUCCCACUGCGAAGCAGGGCCUGCUUAGCAUUUACCAAAAGGACCAGCCUGAAGAUCUGGGGCCCAAAGCAACGAAAGAGAAGAUGAAAGAAGAGUCCUGGAAUAUUCACUUCUUUGAGUUUGGGCGAGGUGUGUGUAUGUACCGCACGUCUAAGACGAGAGAUCUGGUGUUGAAAGGGAUUCCUGAGAGUCUGAGAGGAGAGCUCUGGCUACUAUUUUCAGGUGCUCAGAAUGAGAUGGCGACACAUCCAGGUUACUAUGCGGAGCUGGUUGAGACAGCGAUGGGGAAAUGUACGUUGGCGACAGAGGAGAUUGAGCGAGAUCUGCAUCGUUCUAUGCCAGAGCACCACGCCUUCCAGAAUGAGAUGGGAAUAGCUGCUCUCAGACGAGUACUUACUGCAUACGCCUACCGCAACCCGGGCAUCGGCUACUGUCAGGCCAUGAAUAUAGUAACGUCAGUGUUGUUGCUGUACUGUACUGAAGAAGAGGCGUUCUGGCUGCUGGUGGCCUUGUGUGAAAGGAUGCUUCCUGACUACUAUAACACCAGAGUCGUGGGGGCACUUGUGGAUCAAGGCGUGUUUGAGGAGCUGACACGGGAGUGUUUACCACUGCUAUACGAGCACAUGCAGGACCUGGGUGUGAUCUCCACAAUCUCUCUGUCCUGGUUCCUUACACUCUUCCUGUCCGUCAUGCCGUUUGACAGCGCUGUGCUGCUUGUUGACUGCUUCUUCUAUGAGGGCAUCAAAGUAAUCUUCCAGGUGUCACUCGCUGUGCUUCAUGCUAACAUGGAGCAGUUGCUUGCCUGUACAGACGAGGGAGAAGCCAUGACCAUACUUGGCAGGUAUUUGGAUAAUGUUGUGAACAAGCAGACCGUUUCCACGCCUAUACCCCACCUCCACGCCCUUCUGACCAGUGGUGAUGAGCCUCCUCCAGAGAUCGAUGCCUUUGAGCUCAUUAAAACGUCCUAUGAGAAGUUUGGCAGUCUGCGUGCUGAUGUUAUUGAGCAGAUGAGGUUUAAGCAGAGAUUGAAGGUUAUUCAGUCUUUAGAGGACACAGCCAAGAGGAGUGUGGUGAGGGCCAUCAUGACUGAGUCUGCCUUUACUAUUGAGGAGCUGGAGGAGCUUUAUGUUCUGUUCAAGGCUAAACACAUAAUGAGCUGUUACUGGGGUGCGAGUAGCUCUGCUGCGGAGCGUCAUGACCCGAGCCUCCCAUAUCUAGAGCAGUACCGGAUCGACUGCGGUCAGUUUGGACAGCUCUUUGCGACGAUGGCUCCCUGGAGCUGCGGCAUGCACACGGCCAUGCUCUCCACUCGCCUGUUCCGCCUGCUUGACGUCAACAAAGACUCCCUCAUCAACUUUAAAGAGUUCGUCACAGGCCUCAGUGGGAUGUAUCAUGGUGAUAUGACUGAGAAACUAAAGCUGCUCUACAAAUUACAUCUGCCUCCAGCUUUAUGCCCAGAAGAGGCAGAGUCUGCCCUUGAAGCCACUCAGUUCUUCACUGAUGACGACACACCACAAGAUCCUUCCUCCUUGUCUCAUCUGGACUUCCUGGUCCAGGAAGUGGCCUCAGGUGACGAGGUAAAAGAAGCGAAGGAGGCAGGCGAGGCAGGAGAGGAGACGGAAGAGAAGAAAGAAGAGAAGGUGAAGGACUAUAAGUAUUACCUUAGAAUGUGGGCAAAAGAGAAAGAGCCAAAGAAAGAGACCAUCAAAGACCUGCCCAGAAUGAACCAGGAGCAGUUCAUUGAGCUGUGCAAGACGCUCUAUAAUAUGUUCAGUGAGGAUCCUCUGGAGCAGGAGCUCUACCACGCCAUCGCUACAGUGGCCAGCCUGCUGCUUCGCAUUGGAGAGGUGGGCAAGAAAUUCACCAACAAUGGCAGCAAGAAGUCUGAACUCCAGGCUCCUGCUGCAGAAGAGGCAGUAGAAAAAGAUGACUCCUCUGGGGAGGCUGGAUCUGGACAGUCCCUGGUGUCGAAGGCAUUGGCGGAGGCCCAGCUGGAGAACACUACUCCACCAGCAAAUGGCUCAGACGAGGAAGCGAAGGACGACACAUCGAUUUCAUCGUAUUCUGUUGUUAGCGCUGGUUCCCUGCAGUGCGAGGAUAUCGCUGAUGACACAGUUUUGAUUGGCAGUGCAAGUGGUGGAAUGGGCGGAGCUGUAGGUGGGAAUGAUUGUAGGAGGGGCAGUGCACCAGACGGCGAUUGGUCGAUCUCGUUUGAGCAGGUGCUAGCAUCGCUGCUCACCGAACCGGCUCUUGUUAAUUACUUUGAGAAGAAACACGAUAUAAAAAGCAAGAUGGCUGCCUGUAGGUCCCAGAGGGCUGUAGAACGACAGAUCAGUUCAUCCAGCGACCAUGAGCUAGCUCAGCUGUCCACCUGAAAACACACGCAAAUACACACUGUUGCACCUAUAAAGACCAAGCAUGCCUGUUUAGUUUUUUUCCCUUUUGUUUUAUUUUUCAUGUGAACAAGUGUUUACCCAAGCUGCAAAUCUUUUUUUUUUUUCGUUUGCCUUUUACAUUUACGUUAACCCGUUAUUGUUGACUCUCUCUUUCUCAUCACUUUCCUACAAUGUAGUGAUCUUCUUACUUCAGCACUCUUGCUCAGUUGGUCUUUGUCCUCCCAGUCUGAAGUGUAAGUACUUUCGCCUGCUGUUUAUUAGCGUACUUUUCUAUAAUUUACUUGUAGACAUUAGUUCUAUCCUCAAGCAGUACUUUGAUUUUAAUUAGGCCAGUGUUGCGUUUAUGUUGAUUUUGUGUUUACUGCUGAUUAGUCUUGGUCAUUGACUGGCAGAGAUGACCUGAGGUCAGUACUGGUUGAUAAAGUUUGCCAUCAGACCACUGGACCAUAGAUUAGAGCCUGUAGCUUUGACUCUGAACCUGCUAAUUUUAAGUUUAAAAUAGAACAUGUUUUUGAAGGAAUUAUUUAAUUUUAUUAAGUAAGAUUAAACAAAAAACUGUAGGCCCGAUAUUAAAUAUUUCAUUAGAAAUGUAAGUGUUACUUUAUUCCAUUAAAUGUCCGUUUUGUUUUCUAAUAGACACAUUUGGACAUAUCGGAGGUCAUCUUACACUACGUGUCAUAUAUUCAGACAUGGGUUUUAAAUUAGGAAGUGACCUUUGUAAGAAUAGGAUUUGUUUAAAUCCCUUUGUCUUUCCCAUUACGUUUUUAUUUUUGCUGCUGUUAAGGAUUUUGUGUGCGUGGGUUUAGCAGCUUUCUCCUCCAAAGUAAAUCAUUGCCUUAUUGAAGUAGUCUGUUGUUGGAUGUUGUCAGGAUAAAAGUUGUCAGUCAUAUGUUAGAGGGUCAGUAACUAGCACCUCCCCUUCAGCAUUACAAUAAUUUAAAUAAAGUUUUAAAAAUAAAUUGUUGAAUGUAGAUUUAGUUUUAAUCGCAGUAUUUUCAGAACACUAGUGCACUAGAAGUACAAUCACAGAGUUAUUGUUUGCUAACUACAUUUUCUAGAAUGCAUUACUGUAUUGAGCCACUAAGGACAGAACAUGCCCACUGGCACAGGCUAAACAAGUCUAAAAACCAACUGCCACUCUAGAAUUUUACACCGCUUGUUCUCAUGUGUUUUAGGCAUGUUCAUUUCUGGACUGAAACCAGGCCUUGUAUUGUAGUAUAGUCACUUUAUCAUGUCUAAUGCUUGCCACUUUAUUUAAAGUAUAUGCAACGUCUCUGUUAAGCACUCACUGAUAGUUGUCUUAAGCUGUAAAUAUCUGCUUAUAUUCUUAUAUGACCUGUUUUUAUUAUUCUGUGUAUGUAAUGUAAUGAUGCAGCUGUUUUCACUGUCACAGUGCUUUUGUUGCUUUUUGUUUUCCUCAUUUGUUUGCCCAAUAUUCUUUUUAAUUGUUACCUUUUGUACUUAAUAAAUAGCUUUAAAUAGACCUCAGUCUCUAACUUGAUCUAAUUUAGGCCAAUUUUACUUGCUUUAAGAUGCUACUUUUUAUCAUUCAAAUUAAAAAAGAUUUUAUUGACAUUCCGUUAAGAAAUGGCCUAAUUAGUUAUAAUAAGCAUACUUUUACCGUUUUUCUAGCUUUAAUCCGACCCUGAGUUAAACUGCAGGGGUUCAUGGAAGUGAUGUCUCAGUAUCAUGGUUCUUGUUGUCCUGGACCCACUUCAGGCUGAUGAUGGAGUGGAUUCUGAUUGGGUCAUAUGAGUCAAAGCCUUCCAAAAUUUGCUGAUCAACUGUUGGAUAUAGUUAUCAGAUAUACUGAUAUUUUAAAAUUACUCUACAACAAAGAGCCCAAACCAUAGUUUCUGUUUCCUGUGACCAACAGGAUCAGUCUCCGUUGAUCCAGAUAAUUGUUUUUUAAAUAAGACCUGUUGACAGGAGUGUCCACACUUAUUUUUGUGACCAGGCUGGAUUUGCCUGUCUGGACAGCACAAAUGCAUGGGCAUAGUUUGCUGUGGAAAUAAGGUUGGUGUCAGUAACUUCUGUCACUCAUUUGUUAAACACCUUGAAAUCCGAUUUGAGUAUCCAGAUGUACAAAUCUGAUUACAAUUGCAUUAUAAACCGCCUUCAAAUGUAAUUAUUUUAUGUGGUUUCUUUCUGCCCAGACUAUCGGAAAUCAAACAUUUGGCAUCAGAUUUGGGCUGGCAAGCUAAACAUAGCCUAAGAGUUGUAUGAUCCAAUAAACAUAAAAUAACCCAUACAGUUUUUUUUUUUUUUUUUUUACCAAAAAACAUAUUUAAUACAUCACAACUUUGUUUACUUUGUGUAACCCUCAUGUUCACCCCUCAGGUACUGCCUGCUAACUAGCUGGCUAUUGGCAGAAGCUUUUCACACAGACCGGUGAGGCUGUGUGUAGUCUGAUCAUACUGAUCCUGUGGUGAAUAGAUUCUGAAGAAAGAUGGAGAUCAGAUGAUCGUUGUACACUGUUGUGGAUCCAUGCAGAUCAGGGCUAGAAAAAGCAAACCUGCCCUACCUGCUAAUGUAUGUUAUAUGGUAAUAUGCUGUAUAUAUACAAAUAAUCCUGUAAGUCACUACUAAGCAUGUGUAAAUGUGCGGUCUGACCUGAUCUCUGCUGUCAAACCUCUUGGUUCCCUCCUUCUGUGCCUGUGAACUGUUGUAAACGGCUUUCGACAAACCGAGUGUGUGAAUGCUUCAUUUUUUUCAUGCUACACUGUGAACGUAACAAGUAUAUUUUGCUGAAUCUGCUUAUUAAUGACAAAAAAUAUAUAUAUGUAUAUGUAUAUAUGUUUUGUUUGGUUUUCUCAUCAUACUUCCCUGUCUCAGUGUGGGGAGAAAAAAAAACCUUACAGACCCAUCACACUUACAGUAUUUAAUCCAUGUUACUGGUUAUUUGCUCAUUUAAAGUUUGUUAAAUUUAAAAUUUGUCAUUGAUCAGUACUGUAUUAUACCGUGUAAUAAAGAAAUGUAUAAACAAAG